CUUCUUCUUCUUCUUCUUCUUCUUCUUCCAAACUCUCAGAGCUCUCCGUCGAUCUGUUACUCUAUGCUGCCCAAUUAUAUCUCCUCUAAACGACGUCGUUUUCUAUAGGACUACUCCAAAACUCCACCGGAGCUUCUUCUUCGUCGUCAGCGGCCGUGAAUUGAGGCCGUCGAAAUGGCGAGCCGAUUGAAGGAGGAUGAGAAAAAUGAGCGGAUUAUUCGCGGCCUCCUUAAGCUUCCGGAGAAUCGCAGGUGCAUUAACUGCAAUAGUCUGGGACCGCAGUAUGUUUGCACAAAUUUCUGGACAUUUGUUUGCACCAACUGCAGUGGAAUACAUCGGGAGUUCACACAUCGAGUAAAAUCAGUGUCAAUGGCUAAAUUUACAUUGCAAGAAGUUAAAUCCCUUCAAGAAGGGGGAAACCAGCGUGCAAAGGAAGUUUAUCAAAAAGAAUUAGAUCCACAACGGAACUCCUUUCCUGAUAGCAGUAAUGUUGAGAGACUCCGAGACUUUAUCAAGCAUGUGUACGUGGAUAGAAGAUAUACUGGUGAAAGAAACUUUGACAAGCCUCCAAGGGUGAAAAUGGGUGACAAGGAGGACUCCUAUGAAAAUAGAAGGCUAGAUUCAUAUCAGGGUUCUCGAAGCCCACCCUAUGAUGAUGAACGUCGUAGUGAAAGGUCCAGUCCUGGUGGUAGAAGUUAUGAAGAGCAAAGAAGUCCUGGAUAUGAUCUAGAGAGUCGUCAAUAUGGUGAUUCUAAAAGAAGUCCCUCUCGCCCUGAAGUUGUCAAUGAUUGGCGCCGAGAAGAUAGAUUUGGAAAUGGUAGACGAUAUGAUGAUCGAAGAGGAUCCGAUGGAGAUUCUAAACUGGAUGCCAAAUCUCCUGAACAGUCAAGAGAUAUAGAUUCGUCCAGUCCCCCCUUGGUACGACCAGUUAGAGAUAUUUUGGGAGAUAAGACAAUACCUCUUCGUAUUAUUGAACCUCCUAAAGCCAACAGUGUUAGGGCUACCGAAGGUCCCGUGCUUACACAGAGAACUGCAUCUUCCAGCAACUUAGGUUCCACCAAUGGGAACCCAGUUGAAGUGAAACCGGAGACUUCUGGAAGUUUAAUUGAUUUUGACGCUGAUAUUGAACCUUCUCCAACUCCAGCAGUUCCUCAAGCACAGCAAACUUCCAUACAUCAAUCAUAUUCACAGCCAGAAAAUUCACACAGUGACAAUAAUUGGGCUUCUUUUGAUGUUUCCCCACAAGUUACAGUAUCUCAAGCUCCUGCAAGUGCAAAUUCUUUGGAAUCUCUGCUAUCAGGGUUGUCUGUUUCAACACCUGUCCCUAGUUAUCCUGGAAAUGCAGAUAAUACUGGGGCUUUUACAGCUGCAGGCAACAUGACUGCACCAUUCAGUGGUAAUUCAGUCAUCACUCCUGCAGGACACACAAUGUUGCCCACUGCUACUCAUGCAGUUGCACCAGUUACGAGCUUGUCAACAUUUCCCCCUGUUGGUGCUCCAGUUGCGACCCCUGGAUUGGCUCAAAUAUACCCAGCCAAUGCUAGUAAUUUUGCUGUUACUGGUUCUGGGCAAUGGCCUAGUAUGCAGCACCAGCAACCUUCCUUAUUCCCUUCUAAUGGUAUUCAGUCUGCCUCUCAACAAUACGUACCAUCAGGUGGUGGAGCUUCAAUCAAUCAACCAUGGAAUUCAGCACCGGGGCAACCUAGUCAGCCAGCUGCACAAGCACCACAAGAUGUUUCAAGAUCUAAUCACAAUGCUAGUACUGUUGCACCACAAAAUUCAGCUGGUAAUGUAAAAUCAGUUGGAAGAAGUGCACUUCCUGAGGAUCUUUUUGCUAUGAACUAUUCAUCCUUCCCUGCACCAGUUCCUGGAUGGCAGACUGGUCCUCCUCAUGGUAUGGGGUUUGCUAUGCCGUACAACACUGCAGUGCCCAUGCACAGUUAUCAGCAUUCAUUAAAGUCAGCAAACCCGUUUGAUGUCAAUAGUGGACCUCCUCCAGUUCAAGCCUCAACAUUUCCUUCCAUGUCACCGUCACAAGGACCACUGCCGAAUAUGCUGCCUCCAUCUGGCCUAUUGCGUACAUCUAGCCUUGGGACACCCUCAUCAGCUUGGGGGCCCUCGUAUUCAUCUGGAUUGCCUCUCCAAGCACCACCAUAUGCAUCACAAAUGCCUCCAAGUGCCUACGCGGGGCAACAAAUUCCAAGUAGCUUGCCACCUUCAGGGUAUCAUGGAGCUGGAGGUUUUGGUGCCGAGGGAGCUGCAUUUGGUGCAUUAAACAUGGAUCAGCAGCAGGUUGGUAGAUUUUCAGCACCUGCUACCCCAAAUCCUUUCCCGUCUGCCGGAGGAAACCCAUUUGGAUAGUUGUGAAGAACAAUUAUCUUCUUGCUCUCAAAUUGCCGGGUGGAAAGUUUUGGCUGUUACAUUGCUAGAUUUUAAGUUAUCCAAUGCCGCCUGCUAAGAGAAAUUUUAAUUUUCUAUUGGAUCAUCCCCCUGGGUUGGGUCAAAAGGUUGACAUCAAUUGUCAUGUACAAUAUGUUGCUGUAAGAAGAGGAAAAAUAGUGUAUAUAGUAGAAAGGGGGGAUAAAGCCAUAAAGGGUUACAGACUACAGUGGCCUUAAAAGGGAACCUAGGAUUUUAUUUGCCAGCGGCGGUAUUAUUGGUAAUUUGCAGCAUUCUAUUGGGUGAUCCCCAAGUUCAAUCGCGUCCUGGGCUUUCCCUUAGUUCUUACCCCUCUUGAUUCUUCUUUGCUACGUUGUAUGAUUUUGCAAUCUCUUCAUUGUGUUGUGAGCUCAUUGAAUGUGUAUGCUAAUGGAUAAGAGUACAAAUGUUACAAGGGAAUUGAGUUGUAUGUUAAUAUGAUAUGUUUAUUGUGUUU